UCAGAAUGAUUUAUGUAACUGAUCAAACAAGUCUCACACAGAUCGGACUCGCUGCACUUCCACGGCUCAGCAUCAUCCACCUGAUCAGGUUCUUCCGUUCCUUCUUCGUGGACGCUCACAAAAUCCGAACCAUGAGUCUGAGGACCAAGCGUAUCAGCUCGAGCAGCUCGGUGAGAAGCAGCGGGAAACUCGGUGGCUACAGCAGCGGGUUCAGCACCAUGUCCCUCGGAGGCACGCCCAGCUUCAGCACCAGCAGCACCUACCUGGGCGCCCCGAUAACCAGCGUGACGGUCAAUAAGAGCCUCCUGGCACCUCUCAACCUGGAGAUCGACCCAAACAUCCAGAUGGUCCGCACACAGGAGAAGGAGCAGAUGAAGAGCCUCAACAACCGCUUUGCCAGCUUCAUCGACAAGGUAAGGUUCCUGGAGCAACAGAACAAGAUGCUGGAGACCAAAUGGGACGUCAUGCUGAGUCAAACCCUGAGCAGGUCCAACAUCGAGCCCAUGUUCGAGGCCUACAUGACCAAUCUGCGCAGGCAGCUGGAUGUGGUGAACAACGACAAGAUGAAGUUGGACGGAGAGCUGAGGAAUAUGCAGGGGCUGGUGGAGGACUUCAAGCACAAGUACGAGGACGAGAUCAACAGGAGAAACAACCUGGAGAACGACUUUGUGAUUCUGAAAAAGGAUGUGGAUUCUGGGUACCUGGUGAAGGCUGAUCUGGAGGACAAAGUGGGCGCUCUGACCGAUGAGAUCAACUUCCUCAAGAACAUCUAUGAUGAAGAGCUGCGUGAGAUGCAGGCCAGCAUCCAGGACACAUCGGUUAUAGUGCAGAUGGACAACUCACGCAACCUCAACAUGGACCAGAUCGUGGCUGAUGUCAAGGCCCAGUAUGAGGAGAUCGCGGCCAGGAGCCGAGAGGAAGCCGAAGCCUGGUACAAAUCAAAGUAUGAUCAGAUGGAAAGUCAGGCCACGCAGUACGGGAAUGAGCUGAGGAACACCAAAGCUGAGAUCGGCGACCUUAACCGCAUGAUCAGCCGCCUGCAAACCGAGAUCGAGUCCGUUAAGGCCCAGCGUACUAACCUGGAGAACCAGAUUGCCGAGGCGGAGGAACGUGGAGAGCUGACCGUGAAGGACGCCAGAAUCCGUCUCAGGGAUCUGGAGGAGGCGCUGCAGAGGGCCAAGCAGGACAUGGCACGCCAGCUCCGCGAGUACCAGGAGCUCAUGAACGUCAAGCUGGCUCUGGACAUCGAGAUCGCCACCUACAGGAAGCUGCUGGAGGGCGAGGAGGACAGACUUGGACAGGCCAGUGUCAGCAUCCAGUCCGUGUCCAGUUACAGUUCUAAGGGGAUGAACGGUGUGCAGCAGUUCAGCUCCCCAUCUAAAGUCGUGAUCAAAACUACUGAGGUUCGAGACAACACCAGAUACAGCUCGCACUAAAACAAUAUCCUACAUACGCAGUGAUUUUAAAUAAAACAUCUUUAAAUAAAAA